ACAAACCACCUUCAAAUGACGCGAGUAGUAGUGGAAUCGAAUGGUACAUUAUUGCGGUAACAUCGGUAUCUGGAAUUAUUAUUGUAAUUAUUCUUUCUUACAUUGUCUGGUGUUCUCGUCGUCGUUGUUUGAGAAACAGAAAAUCUGAACAAAACCCUGAAUCACAAACGACUGAAGUUGAUACAACCUACCAAGCGCUGGAUCUUACAAAAAUGAAUACAGGAGAUAAUUAUCAAUCAUUGAGAAACACAAAACCUCAAUCAAACCCUGAACCACAACGAACUGAAGUUGAUACAACUUACCAAGCGCUUGAUCUUUCAAAAAUGAACACAGAAGACAAUUAUCAAUCGUUGAGAAACAGAGGAUCUCAAUUAAACCCCGAACCAAAGACAACUGAAGUUGAUUCAACUUACCAAGAGCUUGAUCUUUCAAAAAUGAAUACAGAAGAUAAUUAUCAAUCGUUGAGAGUGAAUGCUGCAAAUAAUGAGGCUGUAAAUGACGACGAGUCUACUUAUACUGAGUUGAGCAAUACCAGAGAUGAGGAGAACAA